AUGUCAUUGACAACCAAUUCGCAACAGGAAAAUGUUACAAAAUUAUUUACUGGAUCAAGUCAUACAGAAAUGUAUGCCAAAUACAGACCAACCUAUCCCGAUGAAUUAUUUGAACAAAUUGUUGCAUUAAAUUGUUCAAAAGAUCAAAAGAAGUUAAAUAUCUUGGAUGUUGGCUGUGGUUCUGGACAAGCCUCGUUUUCUCUGGCCAAAUAUGCUAAAUUACUUGUCGGAGUUGAUCCAAGUGAAAAUCAAAUCAAACAAGCAAAACAAAAAGAAUCUCAAUCCAAUAUUCAAGGAUGCAAGUUUGAUUUUAUUGUUGGAACUGAUGUGAAUUUGUUAGAAUGUGUAAAUCAAUUAGAAUCAUUCCAUCAAUCCACUACUUGUGAAAAUCAAUUUGAUUUAAUUGUUGUUGCUCAAAGUCUUCAUUGGUUUAAUUUUGAAACAUUCUUCAAUAAUGUUUCUAAAAUGUUGGCUCCAAAUGGUGUUUUUGCUGCUUGGACCUACACUUUGAAUUCAUUUGAGGGAGAACAUGGUGAAACUGCCACUAACACUCUUAAUAAUUUCUACAAUGAAGAAAUGUGGAAACCUGGAUAUUGGGCAAAGGAGAGAAAAUAUGUCGAUGAUGAAUAUAGAUCUAUUGAGCAAUAUAUGCCUUAUCCUUCCAAUCAUAAGAGAUUAGUUUUAGAUUAUAGAAAAUCAAUGCCUCUUGCUGCCUAUAUUUCUUACAUUUCUACUUGGUCUUCUAUUGAAUCAUUCGGAAAGAAGAAUGGAGAAGAAAAGAAGAAGCAACUCCUCGAGAAAUUGAAAACUGACUUGAUGAAUGAUUUAAAGUUAGAAUCCGACUCUGAUGAAGUUCAAGUUUUGUGGAAAAUUCAUACCAUCACAACCACAAGAAAAUAA